AUGAAGGCGUCAUCUAGCGGACAUGAGGCUGUGGCGCAGUGUCUUCUAGAUAGAGGGGCGUCUGUCGAUGCGAGCAAUAAAAGACGGGAGACGGCGCUGGCCCUUGCAGCUGCUGGUGGCCACGUGUCCGUGAUGAAGAUGCUGAUCGAAGCUGGAGCCACUACUGAAUCGGUGGAUGAAAGUGGCGAGGUUCCUCUCAUGGCUGCUGCUCGGAAGGACCAAGCGGAUGCAGUGCGGUAUCUGGUGGAGUGUGGAGCGAACGUCAACCUUCAGGCGCGUAACGGAUACACGGCAUUGCUGUUGGCCUCGUGGAAGGGGCAAGUGAACGCUCUCCGAGUUUUGCUC